AAGCAACACUCAAACUAGCAACGCUAUAUAUAUAAGAAAAAUUAUUGUACAAAAUAUAUAUCUUAUAAAGAAUCCUUGUAUCGUCCUACACUUUGUGUUGACUGAUGGCUCAACUAAGCCUCCAGAAGUCGGAAACAGGUUACAAUUCUUUGCAAUCGUUGGUGCAAGGGAGCAAUGAUAUGGUGGUAGCAUUACUAAGAUUGGUGGCUCUUUUGGCUACAUUGGCUGCUACUAUUGUUAUGGCUCUUAACAAAGAAACCAAGACCUUUGUUGUUGCUACCAUUGGUACUAACACUAUUAAAGCUACACUUACCGCAAGGUUUCAAGACACCCCAGCAAAUACAUUCUUUGUUGUAGCUAAUGGAUUGGCUACUUUGCACAACCUGUUGGUGUUGGCAGCAAUGUUCUUUGGAAAGAAGAUUGAUUCAAAAGGAGCUCGUUAUGUGGUUAUCUCAUUUUUAGAUAUAAUAAAUCUAGCUAUAUUAUCAGCUGGAACAAACUCUGCUGUGUUCAUGGCACAAUUAGCAAGGCACGGGAACAAUCAUGCACAAUGGAACAAAGUAUGUGACAAAUUUGAUACCUUUUGUAGCCGUGGUGGUGGUGCUAUUCUUGCUUCAUACGUUGGCCUUGCAAUUUUUCUUAUUGUUAUUCUCAUCUCAGCUUUUAAACUUCAUCAAACAGUUGACAAGAAUAAUAAUAAUACUCAUGCUUCUGUAGAAAUGUAACAUUUAAUUUAAGAGCUUUUCACUAUGCUAUGAAAUUAUAACGUAUCCUUUGUACUUAUUUCAAUUGAAAGAAUAUGAUUUUAAUUGUUCUAGCAGUUUAAUUAAUAAUAUCAAGAAAACAAUUCAAUUUUAA